CUGACUGCAGGCAGAAUGUAGGCAUCUUUCAUUCAGAAUGGACAUUAUUGAAUAGAGAAGAAAGCUUUUAGGAAUGGAUCAAAAUUGCAUGGCUUUUAAAAAGGGUUUGUAAAGAGAAUGCUGAAUGUUUUACAUGUUAGCAUCGACUGUUUUUAUUUCUCUUCAGACUCUUAAGUUUUCAGAAGCUUAAAUAUAGAGCCUCAUUUUGUUAAAACAGGAAGAAAGAAGAAUUUGCCUGGUUAGGCGGCCUCUCUUGAAGAAGUGCUUCAUCACCCUCCUGCACCUCUCUGUGGUGUGACGUGGCCUCAGCUCUCUGUAGGUUAGGGUUCUGUGCUGGCUGCAGAAUGCUCAUGUGUUAGCUGAAUAGAGUUCACCGGGAGACACAGGCCAAUACAGGGUUUCUUUCUUUUCUCUGAAUUCCAAAAUGCCAUCCAAAGAGUCUUGGUCUGGGAGGAAAACUAAUAGACCUGCAGUUCACAAAUCAAAACAAGAGGGCCGUCAGCAAGAUUUAUUGAUAGCAGCCUUGGGAAUGAAACUGGGUUCUCAAAAGUCAUCUGUGACAAUCUGGCAACCUCUGAAACUCUUUGCUUAUUCGCAGUUGACAUCACUUGUUAGAAGAGCAACUCUGAAAGAAAAUGAGCAAAUUCCAAAAUAUGAAAAGGUUCACAAUUUCAAGGUCCAUACGUUCCGAGGCCCACACUGGUGUGAAUAUUGUGCCAACUUCAUGUGGGGCCUCAUUGCUCAGGGAGUGAAAUGUGCAGAUUGUGGUUUGAAUGUUCAUAAGCAGUGUUCCAAGAUGGUCCCAAAUGACUGUAAACCAGACUUGAAGCAUGUGAAGAAGGUGUACAGCUGUGACCUAACAACGCUCGUGAAAGCACAUAUCACUAAGCGGCCAAUGGUGGUAGACAUGUGUAUCAGGGAGAUCGAGUCUAGAGGUCUUAAUUCAGAAGGAUUAUACCGAGUAUCAGGAUUUAGUGACCUAAUUGAAGAUGUCAAGAUGGCAUUUGACAGAGAAAUUAUGGAUCCUGAUGAGCAGUUAGAAACCCUUCAUGAAGCAUUGAAACUAUUACCGCCUGCUCACUGCGAAACCCUCCGGUACCUGAUGGCACAUCUAAAGAGAGUGACCCUCCAUGAGAAGGAGAAUCUGAUGAGUGCAGAGAACCUUGGGAUAGUGUUUGGUCCAACUCUUAUGAGAUCCCCAGAACUAGACGCCAUGGCUGCACUGAAUGAUAUACGGUAUCAGAGACUGGUGGUGGAGCUGCUUAUCAAAAAUGAAGACAUUUUAUUUUAAAUUUCACUUUCAGGGAAAGAAAUGUUUUACAGAUGAAGGAAUGUUUUAUAGUAAUUUAAUUGGCUCCACUAGCUGAAUUAUUUCUUGGUUAGAGGUUUGGGCAAAUAACCAGAUUAAAAUGAAGGAACUUUGUCUUUCCAUAGCACCACUCCAUUCAGCUGUCCUUGUAAACAGUGAACACAUGUUUUCCAGUUUUAGUAAUUAUGGGUGUUUAUCAUGUUAAGAGAAACUCAAACUAUUGCAUGAUUACCCCUAUUUGAUAAGGAAAACCCCACACCAAGGAAGCAGACCUGUGCCUGCUCUGCCUCUCCGUCCUGGGUCGUCUGUGGUUGUCACCCAGCAUGUUUCCCCGAGAAAACUGUCAUAACUUUGCUUUGGGGUCCAUGCCCUUGGUUUCUGAUACUUGUAUAAACAUGCACACACAUAUGGGUAAACAGCACCCCUGGCUAUUGCAUUACCAUAGACUGUCAUGCUGAAUUUUUGCAAAUGGUUCAUUUCUGGUUUCUCCUAGCUCUUCUCUAACGUAGUACUUUCUCUGCAGCAAAAUCAAAAUGUGUUCCAGAUUUGUUACUUUAAUAAGUUAGCCUACCAAUAAAAAUGUACAACACA